GUAAGGACUAGUAGGAUGGCCCCCAGACCCAACCCUCCCCACCACGAAAUCAUACCCAUCCCGGUCGGUGCUCCAGACCGUGCUAGUAUGCUCGAGAUGUGCACGAAUGUCAGGAUAGACGUCUUCGUCCACGAGCAGAAGUUCUCUCUGGAUGAAGAGAUCGAUGAGUAUGACGCUACCGCGACGCACUUCUUGCUCCGCCUCUUGCCCUCUAAUGAACCAAUCGGGACAAUACGUGCCUAUUGCUCGUCCGGCGCCACCUAUUACAAGCUCUCCCGACUAGCUGUACUCAAGGAAUACCGCAAGUACAGCUUCGGACGUGAGCUAGUAUUAGCACUGCACGACUGGGUCAAACAGGACGCCACGUCCAGGGGCCUCACCACUGUCAAAAUCGUCAGCCACUCCCAGAUCCCCGUGAAGGGCUUCUACGCUAAAUUUGGUUAUACACCGGAGGGAGAAGAGUUCGACGAAGACGGAGCGCCCCACCAGAAGAUGAUCCUCCACCUCUCCCUCUCCACCACCACCACCACCACCACCACCUGCGUGCCCCUCUCACCUGCCCCCGAAUCCGAAGCCUGAAGCCUGAAGCGCCCCCGAACCUUCAUCCUCGUCCUAAUCCUUGUCUCCUCUUCCGCCUCCCUGCCCCUCUCACCUACCCCCGAAUCCGAAGCCUGAAGCGCCCCCGAACCUUCGUCCUCGUCCCAAUCCCCGUCUCAGUCCCAUCCACUCCCAACCACAUAACCCAAACAUUGCUUCCAAAUGACAUCCAUAAAGUGUCCCCCUUUUUUUCGUUCAUUC